AGUUGCAGUAUGGCGAAGGACGUACGUGUAUUGGAGAUAUUCUUCUCCGAAGCUUCAGCUACUUUUUCAGCUGGUGGCGAGGUUUCAGGAGGAGUUGUAAUCGUUACAAACUCAGAUAUUAAAGCAAAAGGUAAUAGCUAUAAUAGUGUUUCAUCUUUUCCAACUAAUUUCCUUUUUUCGUUGAGUUGAUUAAUACUUUUUAUGAGAUAAAAAAAAGAAAAAAAAAGAAACAUUGAAGUGGUGUAAUAAUUGAUAUGAGAUUUUAUACUGCUACUUUUUGUAUUGUUCAUAUAACUAAAUGCUAAUUACAUACUUUGAGGAAGAUGAUGACGUCACGAAGGAAAUAAAGACGAAAAUAACAUCUGCAAAAAGUUACUCGUAGGCUCAUUAAAGUGCCAUAAUGCCAGUAUUUCGUGGAAAAAUCAACUGAAUAAAAGCAAUUGGCCUUCAAAGUCUUGAUUCUGUAAAUUUUCUAAUUACCACCUAAUUUUUGUAGGUUAAUUAAAUAUUAUCUUUUGAAUGUGGAAUUUAUGAAUUUCUCCUUCAAAAAAAUACAUACAUAGCUUUAAAUAAUCUGAUAAUCUUCAACGCCAAAACAGCUAUCAAGCUUAACAUACAUGGUUUAGCAAGGUGUCAUUGGGAUGAGAAAAGGGCAUAUACAAAGGGCUCGGCCAGUACUUUAUCCCACAAAGAUGCUGAAAUAUAUAUGGACGAAACGAUAAUUUUAUGUAGACCAGACGGUCAUCUUCCAAGUGGAAAACAUACGCAUCGUUUCAAAGUUAGACUACCUCCAUUUGCUCCAGCCUCUUUCGACGGCCAGUUCGGGAGAGUUCAAUACUGGGCAAAAGUGGUUAUAGAGAGACCCUUCGGGAAGGACAACAUUGAAGCAGUAAAGGCAUUCAAUGUAAAAGGCAUUUUGGAUUUGAAUGCUGAUCCUGAUGCAAAGAAAGCAGCUGAGAAUGCUGGCGAAACAACACCGGGUCUAUUUUGUUUUAAAUCAGGACGAAUAUCCGCUUCCUUAUCUGUUGAUAGGCGGUCUACUGCCCCGGGCCUAUCUGUGCCCUUUACAGCUAUUAUCAAAAAUGAGAGUGGAGCGAGAGUAAAAUCAGCACGAAUUAUUCUCAGCCAACAAGUCAUUUAUAAGGCCGAUAAACAAACCAGACGACAUUCAACACCUCUCAAAGGUGUUUCAAGGAAUAAAGAAAUUGGUGCGGGAACUGAAAGUUGGGUUGGAGAGAUAACUGAUAUUCCGCCCGUAGUUCCAUCCCACUUAGGAGCUGGAUGCAAGUUUAUCGAUGUUCGCUAUAUCCUAACGCUUAUCGUCGUCCCAAAAGGUCCGGGGAAAGAGUUAGAAGUCCCAUUGGAAAUAGUUAUUGGUACUGUCCCUGUAAGAAGACCAAGUUCUGUUGGACCUCAGUUAACAGUUCGAGGUGCUAUUGCAAGAGCUUCCGCCGGACAUUUGGACGUUAACGAUCUCCGUGAGGCUGUAUUUAGAGCUGACAAGCCAAAGAAUUAACUUAUUUUCUUUCUGAGUUUCUUUAAAAAAACAAAAACAACUAACUUUCUCUGCUUUCUUGUUUGCAUAUUAAAAUAUCUAUAUCA